UUACACAGCAACCGUUGGGGAAUUGGGUUUGUAUUUGCUUUCAGAACAUUAUUAACUUUUUAUUUAUUUAUUUAGCAAAACUCCACAUUAACAUGCUCUGCUUGCACUAUGAUGUGCAUUUUUAUAUUUCUCACAAGACUUCUGCCUGAAUGUAGAAUCCUGAUAAACCUGUUUUUUUGUGUGUACUUUUUAUGAGCCGUACACCAACCUGUUUUGUUCGCUGUACACUAACACAUCAGUUUCUUCCAGCAGAGCAAAGAUGCAGUGGAGUCUGUUUGUGCUCAUUCUGAUGGGUCUAGGUCAGUGUGCCUUCUCCACAUGUCCCCUCGAUGAGUACCACUUUAUUAGUGAGACUAAGACCUGGACAGAAGCCCAGAGCUACUGCAGAAAACACCACACUGACCUGGCCACAGUGACUAACAAGACAGACAUGAAGAGACUCUGUAACUAUACAAAGAAUGUAAAGUCUGGAAUCUGGAUUGGGCUUUACAACCAAACAGAUACCAACAGGACGUGGCACUGGUCUCUGCCAGGGGUGGAGUACACUGAAACCAAGACAAACUGGGUUACAGGUGAACCAAACGAUGACACGUUUCCUGGGAACUGUGUGCGUUUACACCCGUUCCCCAGUGAUGAAUGGGCGGACAACAGGUGUCUAGAGGAGUUUAAAUUCGUCUGCUACAAUGGUGAGAAAAUGUAGCUAAUAAUCCACUUCCUCACUGAAUCACAAAAUGCUACUCAUGUUAUUGACUCAUUCACCAUAUUUAAUCAUUAAUAUCUGAGCUGCACUGGAAUCAAAAGAAAUUAAUCAACGUUUCAUGUGUAAUUACAUGUUUCCUUAAGACAUAUGUUUUGGGAUGGGUUUUUUUUCUCCACAGGAAAGAAGAAAUCCACUAAAAAGUUCCAUUUCAUUAACAAAGAGAAGACCUGGCCACAGGCUCAGAGCUACUGCAGAAAACACCACACUGACCUGGUGAGUGGACUCAAACAGUUAAAUGACUCAAAAUUCAAGGAGGAGCGUCCUCAGGAUGACAAAGGCUUGUGGAUCGGCCUGUUCAGAGACAGCUGGAGGUGGUCAGAUGGCAGCAGUUUCUCUUUCAGAUACAGGGAUCUGGACUUAUAUGAAGGAGACAAGAAAUGCGCUAUGAUUGCAAAUGGAAAAUGGAGCUCUGAUAAAUGUGAUGGAGAGAAACCCUUUGUCUGCUAUGAUGAUCACGUGAUCCUGAUCAACCAAAGCAUGACCUGGGUGGACGCCUUAGAUUACUGCAGAGACAAUCACCGUAACCUGGUCUCCAUCACCAGCCUCAACCAGCAGAGGUGGGUCCAAGAGAAAGCCAAGCAGGCCGACUCUGACUACGUCUGGCUGGGACUGCGCUACACCUGCACUCUGGACUUCUGGUUCUGGGUCACUGACCAGGCGGUCCACUACAAUAACUGGAACUCAAGAGUGAAGACGGAUGACUGUGACAUGUCCGGAGCCAUGGACCGCACAGGAGAACAUAAGUGGGUCAAAAAGAAUGACGAGGAGAAGUUUAAUUUCAUCUGUUUCAAGUAAAAACCUUCUCUGCUCGCUGGCAGCAGACACUUUGUUUAUUUACUCUCUUUGUUUGCAGUGGUGUGACGUUUACACAAUAUAUUUGAUGAUUAUUGAAAGGCAUUCUGGGAAAUGUAGGAAUCUGUUGGAACUACCAACAGACUUUCUAAUAGCAGAUUCUAACUUGAGAGAAAUUAGCUUCAUGAAAGUCUGUUACAAAAUAUCACAAGAUCAGUGAGGAUGUGACAGUGUAACAGGUUUUUCUGUCUCCUUGUUCUGAUACAGGAACACCUGAAUGAUCUCUGUGUUAUUUUAUCAAGUUGUUGCUUUACUCUCAUUUAAUGUGUGGAUUUUUAUUGUUAUUAAUCUUAUGAGGUUUUAUUUUCUGUCUGAAAAAACUUACCAUCUUCAUGUUAGGAAUAGGAAUAAGUAAACCACAGUACACAGUAAUGAUUACAACUGUUUUCAUGUAUUUAAUACGGAACAUUUUAAUUUGUUUCUUCAUAUUUGGUUGACAUCUGGUGAUGGAUUUAUGAUUAUAUUACUGAGUGUGAAAUCUUUGUCUUCGAUGAUCAUAUGUUUGGAGUUUUAUGUAAACAAAAAAAAUAUUUCUUUGAGUUGAAUAAAUGAAUAAAAUGUUAAUAAACUGAGUAUUUCUUGUUUUCAAUUAAGGGCUUAAAACAUUAUGAUGAGUACUUGAAGGCCAUUCUCAUGAUUAAUCUAAUCAGGUUGUGUUUUGUUUUCUGUAUGAAAAAACCUAAAGUCUUCAUUUUAUGAUUACAAUUGUUUUUGUGUAUUUAUGUGUUGGUGUGACGUUUAAAC